AUGUCGGUGGCCACGUCCUCCUUCAACGGGACCGGUCGAAUCCACGUACGUCCACGACCACCAAAAACCACGACGGCCGCAUCAGUGGUGCUGAAUCCGUUAAAGGGUCAAACGGUUGAGAGUCGCCAUGGAAAUAUGGUCAAGGUGACAACCCCUUUUCUCUCACAGAACCAAUCCGACGCCAGCAGACACCAAACACCCCCUGUGGCUGCUCCAGCAGUUCCACAUGGUUCCAGUUUGACCGUAGUCACUCGGAGUAAAAGCGUUGGACCGAAGACACUUCCACCACCCAUUGAUGCAGCAGCGUAUCCACUCGUAACGGACGUGUCGAAGGGUCUACGAAGCGUCCACAAGGGCGACGCCACAUCGAAUGGCCUUGAAAGGCCUCGGGUGCAGGCACUACGUCCAAGCAAGUUCAUUGUAGGCCGUAUAGCUUCGAAUGAGGACAUUUGCAUCGAAACGGAGACGCCAUUUGCCUUGAGCAUCGCGGCCACAGGAAGGCAAAUCUGUAUUUCAAAGGUCGCCUCGGCAGACGACCUUCGACGACCCUUCAGUGCCGAAUCGCCUACGCCUCGUCUGAUCGAUCAGCAUCCACUGGAAGGUGGCAUUCCGGUUUCUCUUAGAUUGACCUUUGGUUCAACGCCGUGUGUCAAUGCAGACAGUUCAAGGCCGGCGGUGGGCCAAUCAGGGCUAAGGAAGAUCUAUCGCUCUGUUGUGCACAUCGACAUGGCUGGGACAUCGAGACAGAGUCCCCAGCGCGUCGUGAUGCGCCCAACUGUCAAACCCCUGUCAAACGGUGCACAUCUCCGAAGCAGUCUCCCCUCUCUGCCAAAACCACCGCUACGCAGUCCUCCAGCCGUCAAUAUGACCUUUUUUGAGCAGGUCAUUUGA